GCUCUACGCCUCUUAAUUUACCCCAUGUGUUGUUCACUGAUAGCGAAUUAUUAUCCUGCGUUCGCGGUCGCAGAGGGAGGAAGUCGUUAAGGAGAACAGCCACUAUUUGUAUUGUUAAGCAAAUACACGCGUGCCUUCUCGCUAUAACAUAGACAGGCGGCCGGAGUGAGUGGUCGUAUUACACUAAGCAGAUUAUUGUUCACGUUUCGCAAAUUUCAACAGGAUUUUCUCAACUUGUAGUGGAUUUUUAAACUUGUGUGGACUUUACUUACGAAGAUAUAUCGGUAAAGUAUGCGACUUUUAUUUUACUGUCAAAAGGUUGGUUCGCCGAUAUUUUGACUUCUGUGAUGUUUUAUUGGCUGUCAGAGUGUUUGGCGAUGAAUGGAACAAACAGAGGUUUUUGUUUGCAGACACUUGUUAUAACUCUUUAGAGAGAAAGCCACACACAAAAAUAAGUAACGCGUUUUAAAACUCGCCCGUUUGAUGUAAGAUAGUUUAAUUCAUUAAGGAUGUUGACAUGAAUUAUACGUUACGCUUUUAAUACGCCGGUCAGCAUAUGUAAUAUAUUAUGUCUUUAUGAUUCCAAUCAUAUUAUGGGUUAAGAGUACAGCGGAAGGUGGUUUACUAAGGGCAGAUCGGUGUAACAAACGGGGCGAGUGAGGGGGUCGGCUAUCGGGUUUAUUGAUCAGGUUAGCGUGUGGAGGUUCUCUUUAUCAUAACUGAUCUGUCUCUCUGCAGAUUCUGAUGUUUGUGCGCGUCGCUCGAAGUCUGUGUUUCAGCCAGUGCCAAAUGGAAAAGUGAGUGUUACAAAGAAAAACCACCGAGUCGAAUCGCCAACGUCCGUGCGAUGUACGUCUAAUAGUCGGAGUUUUUCACAAAGGACUGCUGGAUGUGGUUCUUUUGCUUGGAGGUGGCCAAGCAUCGCUAACAGGACGUAAAGUCGAUCCAGCACUGUUGUUGCUGUAAGGAGCAGGAGAUAAUAGGAGUUAACACCGUGACCCUCCGAGGUUACGCUUUCCCCCUUUAAAGUGAAAUUAAUCCUCAGCUGAUUUUUAACGGCUCGCGUUCCACUGAGGAGAGGAUAUUGUUACAAAACUCUAGAGAAAUGACGGUGGUGUUAUCCAUGAAUGCUGUGUUCAACAACCACCAGCUGAUACGCGGCGACGAGACGAUGUCGUCCAGGGAUGUACCGUCGUUCCCGCUGGUGCCGGCGCUGACGACGUCGCGCCGUUCGACCGACCCCGCCGUCGUGUCUCCGAGCGCUGUCCAAGAAGGGUCUUCCAGUAAAGCACAGGAACGAAUAGAGAAGCCGAUGGAAGAAGCCCAAAACAAUGUUGUUGCUGAUGACGACGGCGACACCAGAGGAUCAAAGAGAAAACUAGAAUCGAAAGACACUGCCGACGACGUUGACCAUGUGCCUUGCAAGCGGAUUUCUCCAUUUCUGAACACGCCCAAACAGAGGAAGGAGGAAAGGAGAAAGGUGUUAAAACUGUCCAUUCAAAAACUGAAACAGAUGGAAGACCCGGAGAAUUUCUUAAGACGUUCAGUGCUGAUCAACAACACUGUGAAGAAGAUGCAGAAAGAACUGCGAGAUGAAAAACGGUCGUGUUAUGUGCCUAGCGAAAACCGAAACUAUUCCUUGUACAAACGGAGACCAAGUUUUGACUACGAUGUGUUCGGCAGCGGAUACCUGUGUUCAUCCAACUCUCACAUGUUCGACGAACCCGCGCCCACGGACGAGAGUGACAGAAUAACGGACGAUAUGACGGACACGCUGGUGCACAGUCUGGAGGGAAAUUUCUCGUGCGACGCCGCGUUAACGCCGGGACCGCUGGAGACAUUUUCCAGCGAGAGUCAGAAACAGAUAUUUUCCGACAUGGACGCGGUGUUUAAUAAUUUAAUACGUGCUCUCGGAGAGACAUAAUACCUUUUGGGAUGGUGGUGUGCUCGGAGUCUUCAAACGGACGCUCUUAAAAUGGUCGGAGGAAUGUGCAUGUGGAACAUUGCUCAAAUUCCAAGGCGCUCGAUUCCCGGAGAUGGCUGGCCGCUGUUGCAGACCGCUGUGUAGGGCGAUGUGUGUCGUGCGAUGUUUGACAUGCAGGCUUGUAUAAAUAUAUCUCGUCAUCGCCGGCAGUGCUUCUAUUGCCACUGACGAUGAUGAUGACGAUGAUCCAAGAGAAACGCCAAUUCGUGACUCUGACCGCGUACGGUGUCUUCGCUAAUAACAAACUGUGUGUGCCAAUAGUUUGAACUCGGAAUUAAAAAAACAUAAUCAUUCGCUAGGGUUUGGUGAAUUGGAUUUCCUUUCCUCGCACAAACCAGACAGAAUGUGGUGAUAUAGACCGUAUGUUGUUGAUUAGCUCAGCUCUUUGUUAAACGAGUGGUAUAGCUGUAUCACUAGAAACAGCAUCCGGAUACUGAAUUAACUGUUAACCAUUGGUACGGUUCACUUGUAACAAUAUCUGGAUACACUAAAUUACCUGUUAACCAGUGGUAUGGCUGUAUCACUAUAUCUGGAUACUAAAAAGUAACUGUUAAACAGUAAUAUAGUAUCUGGAUAUUCAAAAAUAAUUUAAUUUAAACUGGUAUAACUAAUAAAACGUUACUGACAACUGCUACAUUAAACUUUCAAUAUUUGUUAAACAGUAAUGCGACUAUAUCUCUGUUAACACUGUUGAUAGACUGACGUAACUAUUAACCAUUGAUAUAGCUAUAUCACUGUUAACACUGUUGAUAGACUGACGUAACUAUUAACCAUUGGUAUAGCUAUAUCACUGUUAACAUUGUCGAUCUUUUAAACAUGUGGUAUAGUUGUAUCGCUAAUAUCGGUUAUUUUCACGUUGAAACAUUAGGGCAUAAGAAAUACUAAAAGUGAGGAAGGGAAUGAUGAGUCUCAUGUAGUCAAGCAGCGGCGCUGUCCAAACGUCCCUUGGACUCGAUUUCCACAGAAAUAGAACUUUGUCUGCGAUAUUGAUAUUGUCUUUUUUAUCAACAUGUCACAAAUGCCAAAUUUUGCCCACUGACAUUUGUUACGACAACCCAUUUGCAUUUUUAUGUUAUUUAAUAAUUUAUAUUUUGCAAUUAAAUUAUAAUGGCUAGAAGCUGUCGUCCAUAAUUGUAUCAUAGUCUGUCACCGUAGUGCAUUUACGAGGCAUUGGCGUAGGGCACCAUACGCAAGUUCGUACACACAGACAUACAGUCAUACAUAGGAAUGUACGUAUGUCACUGUGAAUCGGAGGUAUCCAUUCAUUGCAAUAACUGUAUGUAAAUAAAAUCGACCACAAACUGAUUUCCCAAGUGUUCUCCAAGCAGGGUACAUGUUACAAUAAACACACGAGAAACUUCAAGAAAGCAAGCUAUUUGUUUUUAUAAUGAACUAGAAAACGUACGUGUUAAUUAGUAGAAGUUGUUUGGGUAUUCAUUUGUGAGAUCACUAUGUCGUAAAUGUGUAUUGAAUACCAAACCCUCUUGUUUACUUGUCCACAAAAUUGACUUUGAAAUAACAGGUUUUAAAUACCUACAAAAUAAAUACACCUGAUUUCACUUUUAUUUUUAAAAUUCCACUAGCCCCAUCAAAAACAAGGAUUUAUUUGUUUUAUAUUUGGGGGUGCCCAUGUGCCACAUUUGGAAUCCCGUUAUUUAUUUGUAAUUACGAUUUUUCUCAAGGUGGGGAAUGCGAUACAUGUGCUUACUAACAGACUCGUGUGAUUAGUGUUAGAACAUGCAGCUGUAACUCGUAACUGAUAAAUCCUAUCUGGCAUUUUAAAACAGGUGUGAACAACAGGUGUUAACCAACAUGCUGACGGUGAACUUUGUACUCGGAACUUAAAGCGGCAAUCUCGAGUAGGUUUUUGUUGUUUAACAACUUAAAAUAUGUCAUCCAUAUUUAUUUUUAUAUCAUCUGCAUUUAUUUUAUAUCAUCCAUAUUAAUUUUUAAUCAUCCAUAUUAAUUUUUAUAUCAUCCAUAUUUAGUUUGUCAUCCACAUUCAUUUUAUGUCAUCCACAUUCAUUUUAUAUCGUCCACAUUCAGUAUAUAUCAUUCUCAUUCAGUUUGUAAUCCACAUUCAUUUUAUAUCAUCCAUAUUCAAUUUCUCGUCAUUCUUCGAUACCUGUUAGCAGCAGUCGUUAAUCUUAACUCACGUAACAAUGUAUUAUUCGCCAUUUUAACGACCAAAAGCGAGACUUUUUCCAUUGGUUAGCGUCACAAUAUACGAUAAAUUACAAUAUGUUUAUCGAGACAGUCGAGAUGGUGAUACCAAACAGUUUAUUAAAACUGUAGUUGGGUUGGUAUUUUGUAUUGGUAAACAUUAUGAUAUGUGUUUGCGAGAUUGUCGCUUUAAACGUACAUUGCAGAUACCUAAGAGUUCCUAUGAAUUCAGCCUUGAGGCAUAAUACUGGAAGAACUAUUAAGUCACCUUGAUGAAUAAAGGUUUAAAAUAAACGAGUCUUGUUUACGUACACAGCUGUUGAUAAUCAUAUUACAGUAACAACAAUACUCGGCAUUAAUGGUAUUUGCCAUUUACUAACCCUUUAACAACGUCUGGUUAACAACUGCAUAUAACUUUUUAAUACGUUUAGUCCGUUUGCAAACCUGUUGGUAAAACUUAGUGACUACAUUCCCCCAUGAAUAUAUUAGUAAAUACAUGCAUAUAUGAGAGAGAGUCUUUAAAAGACAUGGAUUUGAAUUUAAAUUAGAAUUUUAGACUACGAGUAACAAUGAAUGCAAACUGUUUGUUAGUAGGCGAAACUACGAUUGGUCCAGCCUCUGACCUUUCAUGUAGGAACGUUCAUACAUUAUUGUGUUAGUCACGCAUUCGAACCAAAUGCCACGUUAUUUAUUCCAAGUUUCUGGCAAUAUUUGCAAGACGAGUAUAUUGUUGUUUAUUUUACGAUAAUUAAUAAGUUUGCUAAAAUUAUUUUGGUUUACAAAACAAAUUGUACAUAUAUUUUAUAUUUUUGUCAAGCUGCCAUUUGUUUCACAUCAUGAAAUCUUGUAAUAGUUUAUACCAUGCUAGUGGGAUUUUAAUAUAUGUAAAAUAGAUAAUAUCAGAAACGAUGCUGAGCUAAAUAUCGACUUGACAGUUUUAUUAUGAACCAAUGUAUUACUCAAUGCUAGGACCCACACAUGACAACACACUGUAUUAAUUUAAUAAUAUUUAUUAAAAACACAAUACACUGCUGUUGGAAUAAUAUACGCAUUGUACUACUAUUUUAAUUCUUAGCAUUUAUUUUUAGAGUAAAACAUUUUCUUAAUAUCUUUGGUUAAAAAAAAUUUUUUUAUCUCUGAGUUAUUUCAUGUGGAUUUUCAUUUGACAACCGUUGACCGUUUGGUAUUGCUCUACUUCAUGUCCCAUAGUUCAGAUAUCAUAGUGACACCAUUCGACAAACAUGAGGUUUGUUACUCGAGGUCUAAACCUGAGGUCUAUACAUUAGUGUUUCCAUGGAUGCUAUCACCAUCAGCCGUUUGUCCUGAACGAACAUUUAUAUCUGCUUUCUCUCAUUUAUAUAUCAUUUUUUUAUUUUAUCAUAAUUCACAGAAAGGCUGUCCUAGCAGUUGUUUUACAUAUCCGUGUCAUAUAUUGUUCCAGUUGGACUGGGUAAAAAGAACCCACGAAGCAAAUGGACUAUAUAACAUUUGUUUUACCUUUAAAUUUUAUUUGUGCUUUUUAUAGAAUGUAAUUGUUUUACAAAGAAAGACAAUGAAACGAGAGUCUCCUACGUUCACCGGUCUCUUGUACACUUCGGUGCAUCAUGAUGUGUUAACAUGCUGACUUGGAGAGUCUUCCAAAAAUUAUGACACAGGAGGCUGUGUUUUCUUUAAACAGUCACUGAUGUUUUUGAACCAUCGGUGAUUUUCAGCAAUAAUGGUGGUUUCCACCAUCAGUGAUUUUUAACAAUCAGUGGUGUUUUCAACCAUCAGUGAUGGUGUUUUCAACCAUCAGUAACUUUCAGUGAUGUUUUCCAACCAUCAGUGAUUUUCAACGAUAAGUGAUGUUUUCCAACUAUCAGUGAUUUUCAACAAUCGGUGAUGUUUUUAACCAUCAGUGAUUUUCAACAAUCAGUGAUGUUUUCAACCAUCAGUGAUUUUCAAUCAGUGACUUUUUCAACCAUCAGUGAUGUUUUUUCAACAAUCAGUGAUGUUUUUUCAACAAUCACAUAUAGAUAUAUUAAGAUUUACUUACAUGCACAAAUUAUUUACAUGCAGAAUCGUUACUACCCCUCGUACCUUGUGUGUCAUCAUUUCUGGAAGCCAAACCUCGGAGAGCCAGCCGUUCCACAUUGCCAGUGGCCCAGUAUAUAAAUCAAAUAUUGUGGCUUGUUGUUUUUGUACAAACAUAUUUUAUACAUGCGCUGUUUGGAGAAAAGCCAAAUAUUGCAAAGAAAUCAAAUAUUUAUUGAUAAUGUGAGAAAUAUUAUAAUAAAAUAUUAUUCUUAUGAAA